GGUACACUGUAUUUACUCGAAGACCUUCACCCCGCCUUUCCAAUGGCCGGUAAGAAUUACAAGAGACAAGGGACCAUACCAGCGCCUCAAAAUCACAAUCACGUUAACUAACAAGAGAUUCACUGCCUUUCUCACGCAACGCAGUUUUUAAUAAAUUAGUCUUUUUCAUUAAAAUCUUCUUCUUCUUCUUCUUCUUCUUUUUUGCAUGCACCUUUCCAUUUCAGAUCUACCUGCAAAAUCCCCCAUUCUUCUCUCUCUCUAAAUUCACCACUCCUCCAUUUGUAUCAUUACUACUACAAUUUUAUUUUCAAUUUUUCAAUUCCUCAAUGAUGUGGAGCUCGAUUGAGAAUUUGAAGCUAAACCUAAAUAAGAUUGCACUUGAUGUGCAUGACGACGACGAGGAGGAGCUCGAGAUCCAUGCCUCCAGCAAUGGCUACGAUUCUCCGGUCUCUGACCGGAGGAACUCGCACCGUUUCGCGCAUUCGAAGUCGGUUUCACGGUCUCUAGGUGCGAAUGGGAAUGGCUCACCGUACAAUUUUGAGAUUGAACAAUACAAAGCACAAAUCAAAAGGCUUCAGGAAUCUGAGGGGGAGAUUAAAGCACUGUCUAUUAAUUAUGCAGCUAUAUUAAAAGAGAAGGAGGACCAGAUUUCUAGAUUGAACCAAGAAAAUGGUUCACUGAAGCAAAAUUUGGAUGCAACAAAGGAGGCUCUCAAUGUGUCGAGAACUGAGCAUCUAAGAAUAUCAACAAGUAGCAUCAAUGCUAUUAAGGGCAGUGGUGACCAGUCACCCAAACGACCACAUAAAUCUGCAAAUCAAGCAAAGAACCGUGGUGGUAAUCAAAUACAAAACGGGCUCUUUCCAAAAUAUGAUGGAACAGGCAAUGGAAUAUUACAUGAUGUUCAACCUGAUGUGAUUCAGAGUAAGAUGGAAGACAAGAAGGACAAGGAGCUUGUAGAUUUACUGGAGGAGAAAAAUAGGUCCCUGGCAGCAAUGCAAGCUACUCAUGAGUUGCAAAUAAAAGAGCUUAGAACUGAACUUGAAAAGGAACACGACAAAUUAGCAAAUAUAGAGCUAAAAUUGCAAGAGGAACAAAGUUUGAACAAAUCUUUUCAGGAGGAGCUCAGGGUUCUAAAAAUGGACAGGCACAAAACCUCAAUGGAUGUGAACAAAAUUCAUGAUGAAUUGAAUGAAAAAACAUCAGAGAUAAGACGAUUGCAGAUGGAGUUGAGUAGGUGGGAAGAUGCAGAUCCUAAUGACAGUGUUAAGAAUUUGAAAAGAGUCAUUGCGACCCUAGAGAAGGAGAAUGUUAAUCUCAAGAUGGCGAAGAAUGAACUUGAGGCUGCUUUGCAAAGGAGCAGGAACUCUUCUCCUGACAAAACUUCUCCAGAUGAGAAAGCGGAUUCAACCACAACUUCUCCUAGAAAGGAGGAAGUGGAGCUAUUGUUGCAAAAAUUGGAAAGAGAUUUGAAGGAAACAUGCCAUGAAAAGGACAAAGCAUUGCGAGAAUUGGCCCGUCUCAAGCAGCAUUUGUUGGAAAAGGAAUCUGAAGAAUCGGAAAAAAUGGAUGAAGACAUUAAGAUUGUUGAAGAACUUCGUCAAAGUAAUGAAUAUCAAAAGGCUCAAAUAUUACAUUUGGAGAAAGCUCUAAAGCAGGCAAUUGCAGGCCAGGAGGAAGUCAGAAUGAUGAGCAACAAUGAAAUCCAGAAGUCCAAAGAAAUGAUUGAAGAUUUGAAUAAAAGACUUGCAAACUGUAUGAGCACAAUAGAAUCAAAAAAUGUUGAACUUCUAAAUCUUCAAACUGCUCUUGGGCAGUAUUUUGCUGAAGUUGAAGCAAAGGAAUAUUUGGAGCGACAGUUGGCUUUCACAAGAGAAGAAUCAGCUAAGCAUUUUCAACUUUUGAAAGAAGCAGAGAGAGGGACAGAGGAAGCAAAGAGGGAGAAAGAAGUAGUUUUGGCUAAGCUUUCAGAUACUGAAAGAAAGUUUGCAGAAGGGAAGAGCAGAGUGAAUAAGCUCGAGGAAGACAAUGAAAAACUCCGUCGUGCUGUUGAACAGAGCAUGACCAGACUUAAUAGGAUGUCCAUGGAUUCUGAUUUUCUGGUGGACAGGCGCAUUGUGAUUAAAUUACUAGUGACCUUCUUCCAGAGAAACCACAGCAAAGAGGUUUUGGAUCUUAUGGUUCGAAUGCUUGGGUUCUCUGAUGAAGACAAGCAGAGAAUAGGUGCAGCUCAACAAGGUGGCAAAGGUGUUGUUCGUGGAGUUUUGGGGCUACCUGGUCGCCUAGUUGGUGGAAUCUUGGGAGGAAAUGCAGCUGAUGGUCAGACAAAUUUGGCAUCUGAUAACCAGUCCUUUGCAGAUAUGUGGGUUGAUUUUCUACUCAAGGAAACUGAAGAAAGGGAAAAGAGGGGAUCUGGGCAAGAAGAUACAGGCAAAUCCUAUGAAGAUUUGCAAGGAAGGAGUCCAAAUGCUGCUGGGGUUGGUUCGCCGGUGCCCGACCAUGGAACUAGCAUAUCUGGUAUUGCUGGACCAAAAUUUUCUCCAGCACAAAAUUAUGGUCCUAUAGCCCCUCGAGGAAAUUUACCACCAUUUGCGCAGUCUGAUUCCGAGUUCUCAACAGUUCCUUUAACAUCGUUCGACAACAGUUCUCGGAUUUCAAGACUAUUCACUAAACACUGAGAAAUACGUGGAAUCAUGUAAUUAAAUCAAAUGUAUAGAUUGUUCAUUGAUGUUGUAACAUGCCAUCCGGUUCAGCCAAUUCUUUCACAGUAACGAAGAGUUUUCAUUUUGACUCCGAUGGCUAUCUUGUGUUCAUUCACCAAUUAACUAUGUUAGCUUUCUGCCAGUUUACAUAAUAAACUCACAAUUCAUUCACUCCA